AUGAAGGUUUGGAGGACCUCAUUGAUAGGAUUGUAUCAAGGAGUUGGUUCAUCUUCUGACAAGGCUAAAAAAGAAGAGGAUGAGAAGGAAGCUGGUGUUGUUUCAUCUUCUACCCUGGAUUGCAUGAUGUUCCUAUAUUUGAGUGAUCUGUCUCCUGAGCAGAGGUUGCUGGUUGAUUAUCUAUUUUACAAUGAGUAUGAAGAUGUUGCAUUUAUGUCAUUGGAUACAGAUUCUGAAGAAGUGAAGAUGAAAAAUGAAAUUAUGCAAAGUGAACUAACAAGUGAUCUCAUUGUGGAUUUUGAUAAUCCUCAUAGCAACUAUGCGGUUCAGUUGUACAAAUUCGACUUAAUUAGCAUGCCUCGUCAAGGUUGGCUCACAAGUGGAGUUAUUGACGGAUGCGCCUUCAUGUUCAAUAGGCAAGAAGAGGAAUCACCUUCUGCAACAAGGAGAUUCUGGUUUAAUAUUAUGCCUUUUAACUAUAUCAAUUGGUUGUGUGCUGAGAAGGUAAAAAAGGUUCAGUUUGAGAGUGAGAUUGCUGAAAAUGAGAUUAUUUUGAAAAAGCUGGAGGGCACUAGUCAGUAUGAUCAGGAGUUGAAGGAAUGGGAAGAAAAGAAGAAAAAGCUGAUUACAAAAGAUGAUGAUUUAUUCUACAAGAAAUGUAAGGAAGCUAUUUCUUCAUGGGUGAAAUCAUUUCCAGGGAAUGAUAUUCGGGAAGCUGAACUGGUUAGUUGUAUUAUUGUUAACCAUUUUUUUAUUUGUUUUGAUUUCACUUAGUAUUAUUUUAUGUUUUAUUUAGUGUAUGUUUGUUGUCAGUUAGUGUAUCUUUCUAUUUCACUUAGUGUAUGUUACUUGUCAGUUAGUCCUAGUUUAUGUUUUCAGUUAGUGUAUGUUUUUAGUUCAGCUAGUGUUUUUAGUAUUUCAUUUUGUUUUUUGUUCUCUGUCAGGUAGACUUAUUGCUUUUGCAUCUUAUGUUUAUCUUCCAGAUUUUUGUUCCUGUUCACAAGGAUGAUCAUUAUACUCUCUUGGUGCUGAACAAGAAAGCAAAAAGGAUUGAAAAUAUUGACAAUCGUACAGACAUGAAGGACAUUGAUAGAUAUAAGCAUGAGGAAUUUAACGGUCUUACAUACUUUGUACGUACCUUUUUAUGAGCAUUUGUAUUUUUUUUUUGUUCCAUUUUAUUACUUGUUUUUUAAUUGUUGUUUACUUUUUGAUCUUCAAAUGCAGUGUCGUGCUUUUGAUUCUUUUAUGCAAGAUACUAUGAGAUGUCGUGAUUUUGAUCAUCUCCACCAUUGGCAAACAUCAACUCUUUACUUCCCUUGGAGAAGCAAGGACAACA